AUGGCGGCCACUUCACCGACAGAAGUGGCUCUGGAUAGCGGUGGUCUCAUAUUCGCAUCUAUAGGUCCAGUCAUUCAAGGCUUGGAGGAUCAAAUCAGAGUCACGCGUCUCGCCCAAAUGCAAAUGAGCAAUAAAAUCAAGGAGAUGUCAGAUUUCCUGCAUGAGUUGAAUGAGCAGAAAGAACCCUACGAUAUGCAGACUUUUGUAGGGAAGCUGCAAGACUCGAAGCGAAGAGUAAACAACGUUAGUUUAUUUUCUAUGUGA